UCAGUGACUUAUAGCAGGAGUGCGGCAGCAUUCUGACCCUGGGGAGAACUGACUAGGUGUCACUGACAUCCCCUGUGACACCAACACAGUGAUCAGUGCUAAUAAAAAGCACUGACACUGUACUAAUGGCACUGGGCAAGGGGUUACCAUGUGGGGAGAUCAAAGGAUUAAUUGUGUGCUCUUUUUCCUUGCGUGCUGUGUAUUGUUUUGUAUGGCUCUGCUAUGCAGAGCCAUACAAAGCAAUGUGCACGAGCUGACAAGGGAGAGAUUUGUAUUGUUUAUACACAGGUCUCUCCCCCUUUGGUAAUUCUCGGAGAUCGCCGUGUGCCGGCGGGGAAUCACAGGCCAGGACCCGGUGAUUGGCAACCGAGACCACGAAUGGUC